CCGUGGGAAGGAACACCACGCAAAAACGGGCAACAAACGCCUUGAAAAACUCAUGCACUAACAGUAACAACCAGAAACUUCAGAUGGAGCGAGGCAAGGGACGCGGCGCUGCCAGACGAAAGAAAAGUCCAGAACCACAGUCUCCAAUUAGCAAACGUGUACGAACAGAGAACAAUGUGAGCCCCAAGGAAUCUCCGGUGCCAAAGCUUUCAGGUCGUCCCCUUAGACCUCGUAAAAAACCUAUACCUGAUAUUGUCCUUCGUAGCCGCACUAAUAACAAGGUGAAAAUCCAUGAGGAUUACACGUGCAUGCUUUACAAGACAGAAAAGGAAGGAACCAAGUACUGUCUCCUUCAGGUGGCUUGUUUCAAAGAAAAAUAUGUCUUCUUCAUGCGCUCGGGACUCAAGGUGAGGCUGUGGACACUCAAAUACUUGUUAUCGAAGUAUGUACAGAUUGUGUAUACUGGGAAAGAAGAGCAAUGA